UGAAUUAAACUAAAGUGAAGUGAAUUGAACUAAACUUAUUAAAGUUGAACAGAACUGAACUGAAAAUAAUCGUAUGAGAACCGGUUCUAAAUUUCUCUAUUGAUAAACAAAGGCAAAAUUGUAAAUAAAUAUAACUGUUUUCUAGCCGUUCAUUGGCAACCGUUACUUCAAGUAACGUUUGUAUCAAUUAUUGUUACUUUAAGAGUUCAACAAAUGAUUUUUCUUGAAACAUUACAAUUUUAACCGUUUGAUAAACGAGCUUUGUUUUUCAGAAACAAGAGGCCUUCGGCCUUACUUGUGUAAUCAGAUUUGGAUGGGUACCCCUAAUAUGGGAAGUAUUAAACUAACUCCAACAAUAGUUGUGAAUACUAUUUUCUUUCGCCGGCGAAUGGUUGCGACAACACUUUCUUUGGCUCUCUCUCGUUUUAGGUUGGCGGUCAAUCUCUCUCUUUUCACCGGAAUCCUAGAAUGGAAGGAGGAAAAUCCAAUCUUGAUGAUGAAUUGAGGGGGUUCCUGGCAGAAUUUAUGGUGGGAGUUAUCAAGUUUGAAGAGUUAGUGGAAGUUGGCCAGACGUUUCUUGUUAGAUUUCAGCAGGCACUUGAGUUUCUUCGACGCCCUUCAAUAUUUAAAUCAUCAGAGCUGGUCAAGAGCAUUGUUAAAGCAAAUGAAACUAAGAGGGUUAGUACAUAUGUAGAAGCUGGUUGCACUAAUGCUUACGAUAGCGCAGUGAGUGUUAGUCAGCUGAACACAAGCUUGGGCAACCUUCGGGAUUAUUCAGUUAAAGCCAAAGGCAUAAUUGAUGAACUUCAAAGUCUUAUGGAUAAGGCAGGCAAUGCUUUGAUCAUGAACCCAGAUGACCAAUUAGAUAUGGAUUCCCAGGGUUCAGACCAAGAAGUAAUUGCUUCCCGAAAGCUUGAUGCUGCUGGUUGUGCCUCUUCUAUGGCAGUAAUAUACAGCAUGGUGAAACAAGAUUAUACGAUGCAGGAAAAGAUUGUUUCUUCAUUGAGUCUAAAAUCAUCCAGCGGUGAAUUGGAUAGCUACUGCAAGAUGUGGAUGUUAAGGCCGUUUAUAAAUGAUGAUAUCAUACAUCAAGCUUUAAGACAGAAAUUUUGAAGGAGUUAAAGGAAAUAUGCGAGGACUUGAAAGGAAGAGCGUGACACUAGAGAAAUGUGUUUCUUACCAAGAGCUCCUUCCCGUAGGAGGGGCUUGGCAGAUUGCAGCUUAGCUCCAAGAACAUC